CGGUCAUUUGCGACAUUCGAUCUGGCACUUGGUUCAACGUUAAUCUGGUAGUGAGGAAGGAUCUGCCUCGAGCCAAACAGGGUACAUUACAGACUGACAUUUCCUAGGUACUACCUAUAGUACCUAGGAUACCUCCACUAGGUAAGGUAUGCAAGUGAGGGUUGCUCUUCCUGCUCAUGCUGCGCGCACAAGCUUCCUGUGCCUGACUCAAACCCAGUAAGUAAAGCAAUGAUCUGUAUCUUUAAGCAAGUCCCAUAGGGAAUAUUUAUCCUCCAUUAACAUACAAUGAUCGACAGAAACGUCUGCGGUACGGAGUACAUAUUGUACUUUACAUCGCCCUGCCCCUUGUCCCUCCUUCUUGAACCUAUAACCAUGUCCGCGUACCUCAACCAGUGCCGAGGGCAAGGCGAGGCGGAACCAUCCACCAACCCAGCAUCGGCAGCCACUGAUGUUAGCUGCAGGUGCACUAUCUAAUGUCACCCAUGUCGGUCUGUCAGGGCUGUCUUGGGGGGCCUGGGGAGCCGGAGCGUACUAAUGGGGGAGGUCGACUGGCAAAUGUGGUCUCUGGGGAUAACUUCCUCUCCUCUCUUCUUUAGAAGUUGACAUUCGGUAGCGCUUGAUCUCACCAGCGGAGGCACUCACUCACUCUCAGCCAUUCUUUCUAACUAUCUGUAUUGAGUGAGUGUGUGAGUGUGUGAGUGUGCGUAUGUGUGUCCACAGCGCGCAACACGGGAGCCAAUCUUGAAGCUGUAGGGACUAUACCCAUCGCCGUCAACUUGGCGCCGAUCCCGCUGGUCGAGCAAGGUUUGCAUGGGAAAAUUACCGUACUGUACCCCAAGUGGUCGAAUCUACAGGGAUCCUUGAGCCAAUCACCCGGGAAGGACAAUUCCCGACGAUACGAUAACCCAUGUCUUUUAAUGGCGGGUUUAGGGGGUCGAUGGGAGAUCGCUCACAAUUUCUUUUCUUCUCUUCUCCAACCAUAAUGACGUGCCGGGCCGGGUAUGGCCAGUCCGAAUAGCUUCGGGGAGUGUUUCUGAGCUCAACCGUGAAGGGUUCACUUGGUUCUUCUUUCCAGUGCAGAAUGACGGGCCAAUCAGUCAUCUGUCUCAAACACGUACCUCGGCGUUGCACUUAUGCAAACUCGCAUUUCUUGUGCAGCAUCUCGGGCAGUGGAACCAAUGUUUCUAUUUUCUGCUGAUUCCGUGUGGAUGGUACGAAAUCUCAAGGUCGUUCCGCCCUCAUGCAUGUAACGCAGCGCAACACAACGCUGGCAACACAACGUAACUAUCGCAGGCGCAGUUGAACGUCAACCGGCGUCGUCGUAGGCUCAACGGUCACAGACAAGGGCGAGGGGCUAAAGUAGAUUUUAGUUAGUCAAGAUGGAGGCGUGCACAACGGGUACAUCGUUGUAGUGCACUCUUGUUCCAGAGGAUACGAAGAGCCACUGAUUGGGUCAGAAGCCAGCUGACGAUUCCCAGGUCUUGGAAAUAACAUGCAUGGAAGAACAAUAAGGUAGUAGGGGUUCCAGGCGCUGGAUGGAAUUAUUGACCUCUGAGCUCCAUCGGCCAACCAUGACGAAGAGCACCAAUUCCACAGCAAUCAAACCGAAAGAUUGUUGGCAAGCUGCUCAGCCCAAGCAGAUAAACUUAUGUUCCAGGGGACCAUGACGAUUGACUGGGUGGUGGGUGUACAGGGUAGUAGUGUCACCGAUGAGGCGGGCUGCCCGUUUAGCUGAGAGUUGGAGUAGGGUUCUUGGUGGGCAGCCGAUGACAUUCGUGGUGGCUCACAUGAAACCUAGACGUAGCGACCCAUCAAUGACGACUACUUGUACAUACAUACAUACGAACUGCAAGAGGAGUGAAUGCACUGCGAAAGUAAAACUCCA